UUUUUCAUGACCUUAACCACUCAAAUGUUUGACGUUUUCUCUUUGGUUUUUUAAUUUUUCUUUGUUUUCUUCUGUGGAGAAGCAAGGAAGAUCAAAGUUAGGGUUUUUUCAUCCUGUGGAUGAGAUGGGGCGUGGAAAGAUUGAGAUAAAGAGGAUCGAGAACACCACCAAUCGGCAGGUCACGUUCUCGAAGAGACGCGGUGGGCUGUUGAAGAAGACUCAUGAGCUCUCUGUGCUGUGUGAUGCUCAGAUCGGACUCAUCAUCUUCUCCAGUAAUGGGAAACUCUUCCAGUACUGCACUCAUCCCCUUAGCAUGGAGCAGAUCAUAGAAAAGUACGAGAGAAGCAAAGGAAUAUACGUCAAUGGACGUGACCAACAGCGGGAACAAUUGUUCCAUGAGAUGUCAGUGCUGAGGCACGAAACUAGUCGCCUUGAAUUUGGAAUUCAGCGUUAUCUUGGAGAGGACAUGCGUGGUCUAAAGUAUGAGGAAUUGGUUCAACUUGAACAUGAUUUGGAAAACUCUAUUGCAAAGGUUCGAAAUCGUCAGAAUGAGCUGUUGCAACAACAAACAGACAAUCUGAGAAGGAAGGAGAGAAUCUUGGAAGAUCAAAACAGCACUUUGACCAAUUUGGAGCACCGGGCGAUGUGGGAGUUUCAGAAGGCUGCUGCAGUGGAAGCACAUAAACCUGUUGGAGUAGUGAUGGAUCAGUUCUCAUUCUUUGAACAGCAACCUUCUGCAAGUAGCAUCCUGCAACUUUCUGCUUCAGCCCCUCUUCCACCGUUUCACCCUUACCUUCAGCUUGCGCUCCCAAACAUUCAAGACCCAUAAAAAUAGCAAUGGAUGGAGCUACUUGUCCUCUGUGAAUGAGUCAUGCUGCUGUCAUAUAUAUGGGGUAUUUUGCAGUCUAGUAUAUAAUUAGUUAAAUUUAGUUGUGUGGGCCGACCAAGUGCUAUGUUUGUGGUUGUUUAUAUAUGAUUCAGAGAGAGUAAAGUAUUAGACAUAUAUGGCAGAUACCUAUAUAUUCACUGGUAAUCUUGGUGACUUACAUAUAUCUUGGUGGCUUACAUUAUAUUGCAGUUCUU